AUGGCGACGGGAAUUUACGCCGGUUCCGACAUCGACCGCCGAACGACGAGCAACCCCGACCGUUAUAGUGGGUAUCGGGCUGCUAUAAAUGACCUCUACCUUGUCCUACUGGCGGGUGUUCUCGUCCAGCAGAUCACUAUAAUUGGGAAAACUCCAGAGUUUUCACGACAUGAUGGAGAAGAUCUCCGAAUUUCAACGGACAUCAAGUCCAUUACAUCUGUGUUCAAGGUUGUGCGAUUUCCGCAUGUGAACGCUAACCCCAGGCUGUACUCCACUGGCAAUCGCACGGAUAACACAACACUGCAAAGCGCGAAAUGUGGGCCCGGAUGGACAUUUCGCAUGAACGUAGCGGGAGCAAGCAAUGGCUAUGGUGUCGUAACAUUCACCGUCGCUGCCUCCAUCGAACUGGACGGUGCAAGCUUGAAGCUACUCUUCGGCCGUCAUAUGACAGUCACGACUAUGUGGGCGUCAGCUCUUCACGGGGUGCCUGCACUGAUUGGCACUAAGCUGGUGGAGGUUCCCAUCAAGCCAGCAGGGGAGAGAAUUACUACUCAAGUGGCAAAGUGGACUGGAAGAGGAUCCGUACUCCUCGAGCCAUCUGGUUUAUUUCAUCGUCGCGAGUGCUGUCGGCACGGGCGGGCUUUACCCAGCCGGAGAACCCUCGAUACCCGCACAGUCACGCUGGAUAACUUUCAACUCUUUGCCUUCUCGAGGCGUCUGGAAUCCGGAAAGGUCACUCAUUCCCGCCCAGUCUUCGCCAGCUCUGGCAUACUGAUCAACACCCUCCCUAAUCAUGCGUUGACAAGUUUUAUGAAACACCCCCUCUCUGCCGUUUGCCGCAAGUAUGACUCGGACUUGUCGGCGUCUCACGAUGGCAUACCCUGUGUCACAGAUGCCUACGAGUAUAAAGAGGAUAAUGAUCUUGAAUAUGGCAACGAAGCCAAUGUAUCCUCAACAGAGAAUAACUCCGGGUUGGGUCGGGAGACUAAGCCGCCAGUCUCCGGGAUAUAUUUGUUUGCGGAGAACGUCGCACAUCGGACGUUGCGAGCAUAUAUAUUCUAUCUUACCACCGGCAACAUCAGUUUCAUAUCCCGCACAUCGGAGGCAGCUAAGGAUACUUUAAUGCCAUCAUGCUCACCCAGGUCCAUGUAUUGUUUAGCGAACAAGGUAUCCAGCCGUGCAAAAAGUGGAGAUGCAGUUCCUGCGCUCACAUCGUACGAGAGCUGUGACGCGCCAAGUGCAGCAGAUGGUCCCGAAAGCCUGUACACCCGAGCACUCGCACUGCGUCGGCGCUCUCGCGAGCGUAGUUGGACUCCUCGCUGA